AUGUCGUCAGGAAACACAGCACAGGACCCGGCCUGGAAGGCGAAGGAGCAAGGAGAGGAGGCUCGCUACGCCCAUCAGAAGGCAGGUCGUCGGUUUACAUAUACCACAGCGAACAGAUACUCAGUGCAGAGCGACUGUAACCAGGAACAAGAGCAGCUCGCCGCUCUUAAAGCGCAGGCUCAGACAUCCUCGGACAGCGCACGCGAGGACAAGCCGUACGAAGCGGGGUACGGCGGGCAGGAGGACCUGGAAGACCGCUACGCGACGACCAGCGGCGAGCACUGA